UAACUCUUUAUUUUUAAAGUACAGUAUAUUCUGUUGAGCAGAAUUUGAGUUUAACCCAUUAGACUAAGUUUAUAAUUAUACAUAAUGUAUUAUUUAAAGUAUAAUUACGUGUGUAGCUUAUGCAUGAAUAAAUUUUAUAAAUUAUACGUAUAAUCAUUUCUUCAAAAGUAGAACAAUGGUUAAGACUGAUCAAAGAUUACUUCGGCAUAAGUAUAAGGCCUAUUAUAAGAUAGAACUAAAUACAUGCAGAUUUUGUAUGAAAGAACUAUGAAAUCUGUGAAUAUCAGAAACAGUGUAUUUCAGAAUUAAUUAUGUUGAUCGCUUUAUAGACAAUAUUCUUUUAAAAUGGAUAUUGGAAUUGUUAAAAUUGCCGAAGAUAAGGAUUUUGAAAAAUUGAAGCAUUUGUAUGAUAGUAAUAAUGAAUGGAAAUUGGAUUACAAUAAACCUGAUUUGUCUGUUUGGACAAAGUCUGUACCAGGAAUUAGUUUUAAAAUGGUAAAAAUCAGAACUCGAUUUCCUGAUGUUUUGCCAGAAACUUUAUAUGAUGUAUUACAUGAUCCUGAAUAUAGGAAAGUUUGGGAUACACAUAUGAUCGAAUCAAAAGAUAUAGGCUUUUUUAAUCCCAACAAUGAUAUUGGUUAUUAUUCUAUGGCCUGUCCAUCUCCAUUGAAAAACAGAGAUUUUGUUCUACAAAGAUCCUGGCUUGAUACUGGUGUAGAACAGUUGAUUCUAAACCAUUCUGUUUUUCAUAAAGAUUACCCACCAAGAAAGCAAUUUGUACGAGCAACAUCUUAUCUCACAGGAUAUAUUGUAAGACCAUCACGCAAUGGUGAUGGUUCUGAACUGGGUUAUGUAUCUCAUACUGAUCCGCAUGGAAAGCUACCAGUUUGGCUAGUAAAUAAAGUUACAGAAAUAUUUGCUCCAAAAAUGGUUAAAAAAUUACAUAAAGCAUCGGUAGCUUAUCCUAAUUGGAAAUUAUUAAAUAAUCCAAAUUAUAAGCCAUGGCAUUUUCCUGAACAAAUUGCAGCACCUCGAAUUCGUAUAGAAGAUUGUGUAAAAUCUGUAGAAGAAAGAAAUUCAAAGAAUCAUGAUGUUGAUGAAUCAGAAUUGAAAGAGUCUGCUACAAUGGAUAGUGAUUAGCUUUUCUUCAAUAAGAAGGUAUACUUUUACAUUGCUAGGCUUAGAAAAGAAUAGUUUCAACUAUUAAAUUCAGUAUUACAAUAUUGCAGAGUCUCAAAAAAUCUUUAUAAGAUUCAAUUGAUGCAUAAUAUGUGUGUCUGAGCACAUACACACUUACCUAAUCAAAUUUCAUUAAUACAUUAAGUAUUAAGUAAUUUUUGCAUGUAUUUCUAUUCACACAAAACGUCGCAGAGGCAUUUGAGAAUUAUCAUCAAUAUUUGUUCAAAUCAUGUGCAAAUUAGAAACACUGAAUUCUUUAAUGGCAUAUUAAUUAUUUUACAAUAGUUCCAAUGAGAUUAGUGCCAUUCAGAACUGGAGACAUAUUAUAGUUUAUUUAUGGUAAGUGUCUGUUAUUGAUAACCAACACGGUCUUAAUGGAAAAUCUGGCGUCGGUCAUCAAAGAUUGCUGUGGCAUUCAACGUGUUAAUUAUGUUAGUAAUAACAGUAUUGGAUUUAUUGCUUUAGUGAUGCUUACUGCAAUGAAUGACAGUGUGAGUAACGAAAUAUAUUAUGACCUGCGUCGCAUUAAAUACUAGUUAUGGCGUGUUACUCAAUUGAAGUUCGUAUGUGUUGUUGAAAACGUAAUUUAUUACAUACGCUACAACCUCAUAUAUACAUAUAACGCACAAUACGUAGGUCUUAAUUAUCAAAUUUCUGUUUAUGUGCAUUUAUGUAAAUGAGUAUAUAAGUAUUAUACAAAUACUAUAAUUUUUAUGAGAUGAAAAUGGUCACUAAUGGUACAAAACUUACAUGUUGUCAACAUUGAACAUUUGUUCAAGUUAUAUCUUGGUGCAAAGACACCGAUAAUAGUGUUGUGGUACUAAAAAUGUGAUUUUGGUAAUA